AUAUAUAUAAACUCAGACAUGGUGAUAAGUUACAAUAUAAUAGAUUAAAGAGUUACAAAAAGAUCUACUCAGACAUGGUGAUAAGUUACUCCUCCUCUGUUACUUGUUCUACUACUUCCACUACUGUUUUUGAUGUAGGAAAUUAUAAGACUAAGUUUGUGAAAAUUGAGCCACAAACAUGUAGUAACAGUCAUCCUUCUCCUCCAAAGGCUCUCUUGAUUGCCACCCCAUCAUCAGCAGGAAGCUACCCUGUACUGAUAUUUCUUCAUGGCUAUCUUCUUUACAAUUCUUUCUAUUCUCAGCUUAUUCAACAUGUCUCUUCUCAUGGCUUCAUUGUUGUGGCUCCUCAGUUAUAUUUGGUGGAAGGAGCAGAUGCAACUGAGGAUAUCAAAUUCACUGCUGAAAUCACAAAUUGGUUAGCUGAAGCAUUGCACCAUUACCUUCCAUCCGGAGUUGAGCCAAACUUGAAAAAACUUGGACUAGCAGGCCAUAGCCGUGGAGGAAAAGUCGCAUUCGCGCUAGCUCUUGGAAAAAUUGCUAAUAUUUCUACUAACCUGAAAUUUUCAGCAUUGAUCGGUGUUGAUCCUGUUGAUGGCAUGGACAAAGGAAAACAAACUCCACCAGCGGUUCUCACCUAUACUCGUCAUUCCUUCAAUCUUGAUAUGGCAGUUAUGGUAAUUGGCUCGGGUUUGGGAGAAGUAAAAAAGAACCCUCUCUUCCCAGCUUGUGCUCCCAAUGGGGUAAACCAUCGCGAUUUUUACAGUGAAUGUUGCAAGCCAGCUUGUUACUUUGUGGCAAAGGAUUAUGGACAUAAUGAUAUGUUAGAUGAUGAAACAAAAGGGAUUAGAGGCAAGGCUACUUAUUGUUUGUGCAAGAAAGGGAAAUCUAGAGAACCAAUGAGGAGAUUUGUUGGAGGGAUUCUGGUUACGUUUUUGGAAGCUUAUUUGGAAGGGAAAUCAAGUGAGUUGAUGGCUAUUAGAGAUGGGAAUGUUACACUACCUGUAGAGCUACAAGAUAUUGAUUUUCUUGUGUAAGUUAUAUGAUUUAGAACUUAGAAGAGAUGAAACAAGUUGAGCAUCCAAGCAGAGUUAUUCUGCAUUAAUGUGGUAUCAGCUGUCUCGUUAAGAAUUUGCUAUUACAGAUUGGACAGAAUUUUCCAGUAGUGAACUAUGGUUAUGAAUA